AUGAGUGGCAGCAAUUCUGCGGCCUUGUCAAAGGCUCGGCUGCGCACCAGGUCUGGGUGCCUGACUUCUGAUCUUGAUAGCUGGCUCACCUGGACCGGAGCAGGCAGGAAACGACGCGUCAAAUGCGGUGAGGAGAAACCGAAGUGCCGCAACUGCGCCGCCGCCGCGGUCCGCGACUGCGUCUGGCCGGGCCCCGAGUUCGACUUGGUCGACGGCAGGCACCGCCAGAACCGGGCCGUACCACGUCGCGGGAAUGCACGAGAGGACAAGGACGCCGAGCUCGCAGGCCACCUGUCGUCGUCAUUGUCCACUUUGACCCUGAAAGCAGGGCGUUCGCCUGGCAAGCAACUUGGCAAUAAUACCACCAUCACCACCAGUCCUGCAGCAGGGCUCGGGGUGUCGGAGGAGAUCGAGCUGGAGCUCAUGCGGCAUCACAGUGGCGCCUUUUACUUCGAUAUCCUCACCCUACCCACCGCGGACCCGGGGGACCUGACAGAUUUCCACGAUGGAGUCGUUCGCAUGAUGGGAGAGUCGUCGAGCGUCAGGAGUGCAGUGCUCGCCGCGAGCGCUGCCAGCAUCUCUGCCCUCUCCAAAGACCGUAGCUACCAGAAGAUAGCCCUGCACUAUUAUGCCGAUGCCGUGACACAUUGCGCCGACGGGCUCCGUAUCCUCGAGAAAUCACGCACCGGCCCUACUGACGCCAUCCUAACGACGGUCAUGUGGCUCUACAUUCACGAUCUCUGGAGCCUAGACCCAGAGCUUGACGCAAGAAAGCAUGUCGCCGGCGCCGUGAACCUCGUUCGGUGGGGCAGGCUAUGCGUCAGUACAGGCUCCGCACCGCACUGGAACCGUGUAACCAUCGAGAGCGUCCUCUACCAGGCUCUCUACCUGGCCAUCCGGCGGCCCCUGGACCCAGAUUUCCAUGUCGACCCCGAGUUUCUCUCCGAGUGCCAGGACGGCAGCACCACCGCGAACAACUCGUGGCUCUCCAGCGUGGCCCACGGCGUCCAGAGCCCCGUCCUUGGACUCCCGCUCGAGCUCUAUGGGCUUGUUGCUUCUGUCGUGGAGCUUCGAUCAUCCCGAAGGAGCAGCGCUCGUGGGGUUGGUGGCAUGGGUGAUGAGGAUGAUGAUAGUAAUCAUUACGACGAUGACAAGAUCAGGGGCAACAUGCAUGUGAACAGUAGCAACAAUCACUCCCCGCAGCACAUCGCUCAGCUCCGAAAACAGGUCCAGCACUGGGAGCAAAUAGCGCAAAUCACCGCCAGCAGGUACUACCCCCGGUCCACCCCGGAGCAGGUCGAGUCAUCAUCAUCACCGCCUUUCACGCCGACGCCGCCGCCUAGCGCUAGUGACUUUGCCGAACAAGCCCUCUUCUUUUACGUUCUAGGAACCUCCCUCCUUCUAGACCUAUUCUCGCUUGACGACCCGAUGCCAACGCCACCAACCAGUCUGUCAUCGUCGUGGCAGGUGCGCGCCGCGCUGGAUGCCCUGCGCAACCCGGAGCGCUGCGAAAGCCUAAUUGGCUCUUACCUUGGCACGUGGCCACUCUUUGUAAUUGGCCUCUUUGUGACGGUCAGGGAGGACGUAGCUACUGUUCGCUCUAGGCUGAAGCAGCUGAUUGAGCAGACGGGUUUUGGGGAGGCGCAGCGGAUGCUGGCCGAGCUGGAGGGAGCGUGGGCUUGUUUGAAGUAUUGA